UUCGAUGUCGCCGGAGGAUCCUUACGACUUGGUGAGGACGUCACGCAUGGCUGGAUAUGGAUUGUUGAUAUUAGGGGCCGUCUCUGCAUUUCUGGUUCAACUUGAUGUCGAAACUCUUUCCGAAGAGGGACUUGAUCACUACUUCCAAGAAAAUGGCCAUGGGGCAGCUCGUUUUUGGACCUGUCAUAACAGUUGUUUUCUUCUCGUUGAAUGCUCGUCUACAAGGUGAAAGCGGUGGAGAAAUUGUUUCCAGGUUAAAGCGAGAAUUGCUUCCUACAAUGUUAAGCGGUGUGAUGUACUGGCCGUUUUGCGACUUCAUCACUUUCAGGUUCAUCCCAGUUCAUUUGCAGCCGCUGGUGAGCAAUUCAUUUUCGUAUUUGUGGACUGUCUACAUGACAUAAAUGGCAAGUCUAGAGAAACCGGUCUCGGCUACCUGCUGAUCGAUUAGCUACCGUCAAUUCUCUCGCAUCUAAGAUCUGGCUUUCUACAACAGGUUGA